AUGGAGCUGCCUACCGUGAACCUGAAGAUGAUCCUGCUGGUUCACUGGCUGCUGACGACCUGGGGCUGCAUCACGUUCUCGGGCCCCUAUCCCUGGGCCAACUUCACCAUCCUGGCCGUGGGUGUGUGGGCCGUUGCUCAGCGGGACUCCAUCGACGCCAUAAGUCUGUUCCUCGGUGGCUUGGCGGCCACCAUCUUCCUGGACAUCGUCCACAUCAGCGUCUUCUACCAGCGGGCCGGCUUCACGGACACAGAGCGCUUUGGUGCCGGCAUGGCCAUCCUCAGCCUGCUCCUCAAGCCCUUGUCUUGCUGCUUUGUCUACCACAUGUACCGGGAGCGCGGGGGUGAGCUCCUGCUCCAUAUUGGUUUCCUUGGACCAUCACAGGAGCGCGGUGACUACCAGACGAUUGACUCACCAGAGGCGCCCACAGACCCCUUUGUAGGCUCGGAGGGCAGGGGUCACUCCCCGCAAGGGUACUGAAGCCAGUCUGCUUUGGCCCCAGCGCAGGGGCCAAUGGAGCAGACCCCAGAGACAGCCCAGGCUGCAUCGCCCUCCUCGUGCCUUGGAUGGCAUUCUAGAGAUGUUCUUGACCUCCACCCCCUUUCUUGGACUGUGUUCUCCUGUUGCCCAUCUCCCUAGUCAAGUGCCCUGAGUGGCCUGGAGCCCCGUGCACACCUGUCCCAGACUCCCUGAAGCCUCCUCUCCCUUCAAGGUACCCCAGUGGUCUGAGGCUGGGAACCGUGGUCUCUUUCCUCACUUCCCUUAGCGGCUCCGUGUAGCCCCCCCGUCCAACCAUGCCUGAGCCAGGCCUUGCCCAAAGUUUAUUGAUCUCGCCCACGGAAGCUCUGAGAGCUUUGGGUGAUGCUCAGUCCUGGGAGCAGCCCGGCAUGGGAGUGAGGUCCCUGUGCUUCUCACUGCCUGGUAACUUGGUGCUUGGGGACCUCAGGGCUGGAGGCAGGAGGUGUCUGCAGCACCUGAGACCCCCCACGGCCUCCAGCUGCCCUUCCUACGGCCAUGGCAUUCACAUUUGGGGAAUCGGUAGCUGGGUGUGUUUUGAGCCAUGGUUAAUCUCCCAGCCAGGCUGGGGCCUGGACCUGCCAUUCCUGAGAAGAUUUCUCCUUUGAACCCGCAGGGAACCUGGGCUUCGCCACCCAUUUUGUUGUGGCAGGAGGAAGCAGGGGCUCACUCCCCAGCUUUGGCCUAGCCAAGGCCCCAGCAGAGGAGGGCGCUGUUUGGUGUGGCCAAUGGGCAUCCAUGUCUCUGAAUCAGAUGACUUGGGUAUUGGUUUACAUCCCUCUCUGCCACUUUCUGGCUAUGUACCUUUGAGCAGCUUAAUGUCUCUGACCUCAGUGUCUCCUGGAAAAGAGCUAAUGCCUGCCCCGGGCGUGAUGAGACGAAUGAAGUGUGCAGUGCCUGGCCCUCGGAAAGCUCCCUAAGCCACAGCAAAGUUGGUGGGUUGCUCCUUGAUCCUGUGAUGAUGUGGGGUCAGUAGGCAAGGGGCGACCUCUUCCCGGUAGACCCUAUGUCCUGGUGUCAGGGCUGACUGAAACCGGUACCCAUCCAGAAGCCCCAAGUGUCCCAUGGCCAGGGUCCUAAUCUACAUUGACUGGACCAAGUGUUGACCUCAGGGCCUCAUGGGCCUGGGCUGUCCCAGGCCAUCCCGGCUUGUCCCCAGCACAAAGAGAUCAAGGCCUAGUGCACAAUCCCACCACCCUCCUGGGGCUCGGUACGUGGUACUGCUGAGUGCGGGCCGCAGGGCUCAACUCUGGGGCCUGCUCUCAGGGAACAGACAUUAAGAGUCCUCUGGCAGGAGGCAAGAGCUCCGAAAGGGACCCCUGGGAAGGGACCAAGGGACACCGAGUGGCUGCAGCUGCAGGAAAGCUAGAAACAGUUUCACCGUCAGAAGGGGACGAAUAGAUAACCUGUGGUACAUUCAUUCUAUGGAUAUGGUUCAGCAGUUCAUGUGAAUAAACCAGACCUAGUUCUAUUGACGUGGGUCCCCCUAUGGUGAGCAAAACAGAUUGUAGAAUGGUAUCUUCAACAUGAGCGUUCACAUGAAUUUAAAAACCUCCAAGCGAUAUCAUAUGUCAUUCAUGAGCAUAUAUGUAGUGAAAUACAGAAGUGUGGGCUAGAAGGAAGGACCCUUCAAGGUCAUGGCUGAGGCAGCCUUGGGUAGGGGAGAGGUGUGACUUUUGGGGCAUGGAACUAAAAACCCAAGUUCCGGUUCUCUUGUUUAUACCAGUUCCUGGCACACGGCAGGCUUGCGCUCUGCGCGCUCCUGUGUGUAUGUGGUGAAUAUGUCAGAUUUCCAAAGGGAAUGAAAAGGUGGGGGGGCCACAGUGGGGGGACAGCUAAUAGAGCCUGUGUCAAGCAGAGGGGAGAGUAUAUUCAGAGUCCCCGGUUCCUCCUAGUCCCAGACCCUCGAGUCCGAUCAGAUCUUUAUGGGGGGCAGAGGAAGGCCCCUGUCUUAAGUGGGGGUCCCCAGAAGCAGACCCUGAAUGCAGCGUCUGGCUUGGUGCAAGCAGGGGUGGGGGCUGGGCUUUCUGGUCAUUGGCCAAGGGCUGCUCUGGAGUUGGGGGACAGUGACUUAAU